UCGAUAACGCUACUCGCCAAUAAUAAAACUGCGAAUUACUGCUGUAUAUAUGUACAAAUUGUUUAUUAUUAGCCAUUUUUCUACGGUUCGACCGAUUGAAUAAUGCAGUUUUCUGCCGAAUAAAUGCCAAAUAUUGCUAUUGCUAUCCGAGAACGAACACCCGAAAGCUGAGAAAGUGCGGUGCCAGCAAAACGCGGAAGCGAGACUAGUCGAGGAAAACAAAGUGCCAAAACACCUGAGAAGGGGCCGUGACCUGUGAGGGAGCCAGAGAGAACGGCAAUAAAACUGCACUGCAUGCAAACAUGGGCAACGCGGGCAGCUCCACAGUGCACAUGAGAGAGCGCCACAAGUCGACCGACCUCUCCACCCCGAGCUCUCCAGCAAAUUUCCGCGACUCGGUUGCAGCUGGUGGUGGGGCUGGAGGGGGCGGCGGCGGUGGUGGGGCAGCAGCAGCUUUAGGCGGAGCCGGAGCGGGAGGCCAAGCUUUCUCGUUCGACAAGAAACACACGGCAGUCUUAAACGAGGGCUCGUUGCAAGACGACGACGACCCAUACUACGCGGGCACUGGAACCGGAGCGGGUACCAGGCGCACAGCUGAUAGCGUCGAGGCAACAGCUGGCGAACACUUAAUCAUGGACAGCACGGAGGAGGAGCAGGUUGCUGCUGCUGCGGGAUCCGGCAACUUAUCCAUCAUUGGCAGCGGCGACGACGACGAACCCAAGAAGACUGCCCUGCCCACAGUGUUGCGAUGGGAUGGCGGUGGCAAGAAUGUGACUAUAUCUGGUACCUUCUCCAACUGGAAGCCCAUUUCGAUGGUCCGGAGCCAUGGUAAUUUUGUGACCAUCAUCGAUCUGCCCGAGGGCGACCAUCAGUACAAGUUCUGUGUGGACGGAGAAUGGAAACACGAUCCCAAGCUGAAAAGCGUAGAGAAUGACGAGGGACAGAAGAAUAACUUGGUGUCGGUGCGGGCAUCGGACUUUGAGGUGUUCCAGGCCCUGGCCAAGGACAGUGAGAACGUUACCAACUAUGCCGAGAAGGAGUACUCGCAGGAGGUGCCGCAGGUGAAGCCCUGGGAGAAGGUAUCCGGUCCACCAGUGCUUCCGCCCCAUUUGCUGCAGGUCAUCCUCAACAAGGACACUCCGCUUUCGUGUGAGCCCACAUUGCUUCCGGAACCCAAUCAUGUGAUGCUGAACCACUUGUACGCCUUGUCCAUCAAAGACGGUGUGAUGGUGCUCAGUGCUACGCACCGCUACCGCAAGAAGUAUGUGACCACCUUGCUCUACAAGCCGAUUUAGGCAAGGAGCACUUGGUAUUUUAGCUUUAAGAACUGGUUAUAAUGGGAUAGGUCCCGGCGGAGCCAUCAAAUCGAUUUGUGGAAUACCUGCAACCGUCUCGCUUGUCAAACUCUACUUUACAUAUAUAAUGAAGUGGAAGUGUUUUAUUUUUGUUUAUUAAGCGUUGUAUUUUUAUUAGUAAAUAUAUACGGAACUUGUAAAAAUAUAAGAUUAUUGCAUUGUGUCA